AUGAGACGUGGUUCAAUGUUUGUGCACUAUGUUAGCUUAAUGCAACUCGAUACGGGAUACUCUAUCGAAGAAAAACCAAAAGUAUCACGAGAGGACGCUUAUGAAUACCCAGCAAAAGUUCAGCAAGCGAUAAACGAAAUAUACAAUCAGGUAUUAUGUUGUUACAUAUUCGAUAUGCUUUCUUAUAUGGAUUUACUAGGACAGCUCUUUUCAGAAAACAGUGAAAACGAGUUGGCUGAAGUAAGCAACCUCCAAGAGAACAAAGUUGUUUUUCUAAGCGAUAAUAUCAUUGAUAUGAUGAACGUCCUUUACAGUUUCGGUAAGUUGGACGAUAUGGAUCCGUUAUGGACCGUUUACAUGUUUGUAAAAUAUUUAAGAUCGAUCGAGAAGAAUGAAAUACUAGCUAGACGGGAAAACAUUCAAAAUGAACACCAUAAUGUUUAUCAGCGACUUGCGCACAAACUCAACAAGCAAAAAUGCAAGAAGCAGAAUGAGUAUAAUGCCCAAUAUAGCAAUUCAGAGUUUUACAAUCGUUUUCAAUCACUCGAUUUGAAUCAACAACAUAAAAUAGUUGCCCUUAUAGCGAUCUUAAAACAAUCAAUUUAUAAGAGAUACCAAAAAGUUGAAGAACACAUACACAUCGACACAUCGUGUCGAUUUUACUUUAGUGCCACUCACUUGAAAUUGGAAUCUGUUUGGCAUAGUAAGGAAAUCGUGAGACAUCUGUUUGUCGACUUUGCAGAAGUGCCUGAAUGCAAAAGAAAAUACUCUCAAAUACAAAAAUAUCAUUUUGAAAGACCACAAUUUGACUCGCUUCAGGAUUUAAUCGAGUCCGUGGCGAAAUCACAAAGUCUAUUUGUGAAUUUAGUCAAAUUUAUAUUUUUACACAGCUUUUGGAAACAAUUAACUUUAAUUAAUUUGGCUUUGCUUUUAUCAGACAACGAAGAACAACCACACCGACUUAGGCUGGAGAUGAUGAAUCAAGAGAAGAUAAAUGAUUUAAACAAGUUUUUUUAUAGAUAUGUUAAGCUGAGUACUGAUUAUUUCUCCAUAAAAGACGAUUUAGGUUUGAUUUUCCUCAAGUAUUUGGUUAAAAUGCCAGCAAACCUUUUUACCAACGUACAAUUUAACAAGACAGUAAAAAAAUACCUUUUGAAGUAUAUGGAUGAAAUUUAUUCACAAGUAUUCGGUUGUGAAACAAAACUUGUAAGGUACUCCGGAAUUAUCUCCUCGCGAUACAUUAUAAAUCGACAGGCGAUAUUCGCCGAAGUAUGUCAAAAACAUAAUAUGAUGGACAUAAUGCCUUCCAUUAAAGAACUAACAAGGUAUAACAUUUCUGAAAGUAAUUUAAGUAUUCAUAUAUUUUACAAGCUAAUAAUUGACAUCGAUUUUGAAUGCAAUUGCCAAAUAGAUUUUGAUGUAAUUCGGUCUUUUAACAAUUUCUCAGAUGAGUUUUUGGGAACUACAAGUUAUUAA